CGCGUCUCGCCGUCGUCCCAGCCCAGCCCGCCCGCUCGCCGCCGCCACCACCGCCGCCGCCGCCUCCCCCGCCGCCGGGGACAUGUCUAACCCCGGAGGCCGGAGGAACGGGCCCGUCAAGCUGCGCCUGACAGUACUCUGUGCAAAAAACUUGGUGAAAAAGGAUUUUUUCCGACUCCCUGAUCCAUUUGCUAAGGUGGUAGUUGAUGGUUCUGGGCAGUGCCAUUCUACAGAUACUGUGAAGAACACACUUGAUCCAAAGUGGAAUCAGCAUUAUGACCUGUAUAUUGGAAAGUCUGAUUCAGUUACAAUCAGUGUAUGGAACCAUAAGAAGAUCCAUAAGAAGCAAGGUGCUGGAUUUCUUGGUUGUGUCCGUCUUCUUUCCAACGCCAUCAACCGCCUCAAAGACACUGGUUAUCAGAGGUUGGAUCUAUGCAAACUGGGGCCAAAUGACAAUGAUACAGUUCGAGGACAGAUUGUAGUAAGCCUUCAGUCCAGAGAUCGAAUAGGCACUGGAGGACAAGUUGUGGAUUGCAGUCGUUUGUUUGAUAAUGACUUACCAGAUGGUUGGGAAGAAAGGCGGACUGCCUCUGGAAGAAUCCAGUAUCUAAACCACAUAACAAGAACUACGCAGUGGGAACGCCCGACAAGACCAGCGUCGGAAUAUUCUAGUCCUGGCAGACCUCUUAGCUGCUUUGUAGAUGAGAAUACUCCAAUUACUGGAACAAAUGGUGCAACGUGUGGACAGUCUUCAGACCCCAGACUAGCAGAGAGAAGAGUCAGGUCCCAGCGACAUAGAAAUUACAUGAGCAGGACACACUUACACACGCCUCCAGAUCUACCAGAAGGCUAUGAACAGAGGACAACACAGCAAGGCCAGGUAUAUUUCUUACAUACUCAGACUGGUGUGAGCACAUGGCAUGAUCCACGAGUGCCUAGGGAUCUUAGCAACAUCAAUUGUGAAGAGCUCGGUCCUUUGCCUCCUGGAUGGGAGAUCCGCAAUACCGCAACAGGCAGAGUUUAUUUCGUUGACCAUAACAACAGAACAACACAAUUCACAGACCCUCGACUCUCUGCUAACUUACAUUUAGUUUUAAAUCGUCAGAACCAGUUGAAAGACCAACAACAGCAGCAAGUGGUGUCAUUAUGUCCCGAUGACACUGAGUGUCUGACAGUGCCAAGGUACAAACGAGACUUGGUUCAGAAACUAAAAAUCUUGCGACAAGAACUUUCCCAACAACAACCUCAGGCCGGCCACUGCCGUAUUGAGGUUUCUAGGGAGGAGAUUUUUGAGGAAUCAUACAGACAAGUCAUGAAAAUGAGACCAAAAGAUCUCUGGAAACGAUUAAUGAUAAAAUUUCGUGGAGAAGAAGGACUUGACUAUGGAGGGGUUGCCAGGGAAUGGUUGUAUCUCCUGUCGCAUGAAAUGUUGAAUCCUUACUAUGGUCUCUUCCAGUAUUCUAGAGAUGAUAUCUACACGUUGCAGAUCAAUCCUGAUUCUGCAGUUAAUCCGGAACAUUUAUCUUAUUUCCACUUUGUUGGACGAAUAAUGGGAAUGGCUGUGUUCCAUGGACAUUAUAUUGAUGGUGGCUUCACAUUGCCUUUUUAUAAACAGUUGCUUGGGAAGUCAAUUACUUUAGACGACAUGGAGUUAGUUGAUCCAGACCUUCAUAAUAGUUUGGUGUGGAUACUUGAAAAUGAUAUCACAGGUGUUCUGGACCAUACCUUCUGUGUUGAACAUAAUGCAUAUGGCGAAAUUAUUCAGCAUGAACUCAAACCAAAUGGCAAAAGUAUCCCUGUUACUGAAGAAAAUAAAAAAGAAUAUGUCAGGCUUUAUGUAAACUGGAGAUUUCUCCGAGGCAUAGAAGCUCAGUUCCUGGCACUGCAGAAGGGAUUUAAUGAAGUCAUUCCACAGCAUCUGCUGAAGACAUUUGAUGAGAAGGAGCUGGAGCUCAUUAUUUGUGGACUUGGCAAAAUUGAUGUGAGUGACUGGAAGGUCAACACCCGGUUAAAACACUGUACACCAGACAGCAAUGUUGUCAAGUGGUUCUGGAAAGCUGUGGAGUUCUUUGAUGAAGAGCGACGGGCGCGGCUACUCCAGUUUGUGACAGGGUCCUCUCGAGUGCCUCUGCAGGGCUUCAAAGCACUACAAGGUGCUGCAGGCCCACGGCUCUUUACCAUACACCAGAUUGAUGCCUGCACGAACAACUUGCCAAAAGCCCACACUUGCUUCAAUCGAAUAGACAUUCCGCCCUAUGAAAGCUAUGAAAAGCUCUAUGAAAAGCUGCUAACAGCCAUCGAAGAAACAUGUGGAUUUGCUGUGGAAUGAUGAGCGCCAAGGACUUAACCUAGAACUCUUAUUUAUCCCCGGGCCGACAGCCUCCUUCAGCAGCGCUUCAGAGAACGCUGGAAUACAGGGCAGCCCCCUCCCCUGCCCCUUAGAUUCUAGGACACUGAGGGGAAAGGACAGUUUUGAAAUUCCUUUUCAAGGAAAAAUAAAGGUCUUUAUGCUUUGCCAUGAGGACACACUCAGCUGCUAUUUAAAAAUUAAUACCUUGAACCUAAAGAAUGCUGACUCCCUGCGUUUCCAGAGUUAGGCAGUAUUCUACACUUAAAGACUACUACUAUUUUUAUAAAAGGUUAUCUAUCCAAAUUGCUUCACAGACUCGCGUCUCUUCGCACAGCAAGACAACUCCAGCAGUCGGUACACAUCACAUUUCAUUUUGACUGAAUACAUGAUUUUUGAACAGCUCCUAUACUUGCUCUUUGUAAAACCUAAAUAAAAUUAUUUUGAAUUGUUCCACCUUUGUAAACAA